AUGUCCAACACCCCUGAUUUGGCCGACUAUAUAACUUCUUAUGCGGGUUUAAUCUCUCUCGCUGUCGUAUCUAUUUAUUGUGGGAGCCUUGCAUCCAUCCCGGAGUCGAAGAAAAAGACUGAAACAUCUGAUGAGGAAGGCACCGACGGAGAGGAAGAAGAGGAACAUGUUGAAGAAAUUAGACUAGAGGACGCGUAUUGGUUCCCCGUUCUAGGCUCGAUCGUGCUUCUCAGUCUUUAUUUAAUCAUCAAGUACAUAAGUGUUUAUUGGAUCAACACCUUUCUGCAAAUCUAUCUAUCUCUGGCCACCGCAGCAUCCACGUGGAAGAUGGUGACAGUCGCUCAGGGUUUAGAUGCGCCCAUCAAGAUCUUGUGGCCAAAGUCUAAAUUCUUCACCGACGAAUAUGG